CGGAAGGGCGUGCAGUUAGUGCGGAGGAGCCGUUGGACUUGGCCGAAGGCGGAGGGAGACAUGGAUCAGGGAUACGGCAGUUAUGGCACCUGGAGCACUGCUGCCACCAAUGCUCAAGGUACAUAUGCAGCAAACGCAGCAAAUUGGCAAGGCUAUGAGGGCUAUGACUAUUAUGGCACCCAAACCACCGGCUCUACCACAGCUGCCUCGUACAAUUAUGCUGCAGCUGCAGCAGCUGCUGCUGCUGCUACCACAAAUACCUGGGAGACUCCCAAAACUACCGACAUGACCAUGACUGCUGAUGUCAACACCAGUAUGCCAGUUGCAACUUAUAGUACAGAAGCUGUGACGAAUGAGAACUCCGACUCCAUCAUAGCCAAAAUAAACCAGCGUCUGGAUAUGCUGUCAAAGGAAGGCAGCGGUGGAGGUGGGGAAGGAAUGGAAGACCAGGAAAGCUCUUUCAGGUUUGAGUCUUUUGAAUCUUAUGACUCAAGGGCUUCAAUGAACGACCGUGAUCUGUACAGAGCUGGCUACGAUUAUGGCGAAGUUGCAACUGAUCGGAAUGAUUCCUUUGGAAGCCAGUUUGACAGCCGCAGGAAUCAGUCCAGCAACAGAGGAAACAGCUAUGGUCUCAUUAGAGGGAGGGGCCAGAAUCGGAUUCAAAAUCGGGGGCGUCUAAAUGCUUUCAACCGCACCGACCGCUUCAUGCCAUCUUCAAGUACUGAGCGACUGUCUGCACGCUGGAAUGAGUUGAACUAUAUGGGUGGGCGGAGCAUGGGUGGUCCCUGCCCCAACAGGCUUCCUUCCCUCUUCUCCCAAGCCCUUGUCCCUGACUAUUGUGAUUAUGGGGACUAUGGCGAUUAUGGGGAUUAUGGAGAUUAUGGCGACUAUGGUGACUACGGAGACUACGGUGACUAUGGGGACUAUGACUAUGGCAUGAUGGGAAUGCCAGGAAUGGGAAGGUAUGGUAACAUGCCAUAUGGAGUCGGCAGGCAACGAAACAGAGUGAGUACAGUGCCGUGGCAUCUGAACGUUCUUAUGCCCAAGAGGAGAAGUUUCCGCAACCGCUCAGGGGGUCGAUCAGAUAGUGAAGGAGGGCGCAAGCGGAAACAAUCCCAAAGCGGAGAUGAGCCAGACAGCAAACAGGCAAAGACUGACAGCGAAGGAGACGACACUGAGAACGAUGAUGGUGAAGGAGAGGACAAAUCUGGAGAUGAAGGAGACAAAGCAUCUGGAGAUGGCGGUGAUGAUGAUGAUGAUGAGGUGAAAAAGAAGAGGGAGAAACAGAGGAGAAGGGAUAGAAUGCGUGAUCGUGCUAUGGACAGAAUCCAGUUCGCCUGUUCUGUGUGUAAGUUCCGUAGCUUUGAAGAUGAAGAAAUUCAGAAACAUCUGCAAAGCAAGUUUCACAAAGAUACCCUGCGAUACAUUGGCACCAAACUCCCUGAUAAAACAGUUGAAUUCCUGCAGGAGUAUAUUGUGAACAGGAAUAAGAAAAUUGAAAAGCGUCGUCAGGAGCUGACUGAAAAGGAGGGUACAAAGCAGAAACCAGACCCUUUCAAGGGUAUCGGCCAGGAACACUUUUUCAAGAAGAUCGAGGCAGCUCACUGUAUGGCUUGUGACAUGUUAAUUCCUGCACAGAACCACCUCCUUCAAAGACACCUGAGGUCAGCAGACCACAACAGGAACCGCAGAAUGGCAGCUGAGCAGUUCAAGAAAACUAGUCUCCAUGUUGCCAAGAGUGUCCUAAAUAACAAGCACAUUGUAAAAAUGCUGGAAAAGUAUCUCAAGGGCGAUGAUCCAUUUACAGAUGAAAUUGUUGACCAGGAUGUUGACGAAACUGAAGCCUUGGAAGGAGCUGAUGGGGGUGGAGAAGGGGCUAAUGAAAGUGCUACUGCAGAGAUGAAAGAGGAAGGUACUGGGGAUGCAGGUGAAGCCACAGAAGCCCCUGAAGCCACUAAAGCAGAAGGAGAAGAAAUAGAGAGAGCCUCUGAGGAAUUGCCUGAAAAUGCGGAGUUGCCUGAAAAUGAGGCCGAGCAGCAGCCGCCGCCACAGGAAGAAGCCGAGGUUGAGGCAGAGGCUGGAAUAGAAGCAGCAGCAGAGGCAGCAGUGGUUGCAACAGAAGAACCAUCCCCUCCUCAAGGAAACGUCGGGGAGACAGCGGCUUCUGCAGGGGGUGAAGCUGAGGUGCACCAGAUUGAAAAGGAAGAGGAAAAACCAAGUGAGGUAACAGAGUCUGGAACCAGUGAUGCAAAGGUAGAGGAGGAGGCACCGCCUGUAGAAGUGGAGCUGCAGCAAGAAUAACUCUGUGAAUGUUUGUGUGAAGGUGACGUGUCCUGCACAAUUGUAUAAUCCAUUAUUUUGAUUUUUUUCCUGUCUUAUUCAAACGCAGUACCUGAAUGUGCAUUGCCAGAAAUACGGCUGGCUUUGUUUUUGUUUGAGGGGAGGGACCCAACUGUUCUGUUAUGGGAGCAGUCUUGUGCUUAACUGUCUUGUUCUGUAGACUUGCUUAGUUCUGCUUUCUACAUAAUUUUUUAGGUUGAAGACUGCAGAAAGCUGUACAUUCCCCAAGAAACACUUGAGGUGCAUCAUCUUUUUGAAUUUUAGAAUGGAAAGCAGGAUUUGCAAAAUAAAAACAUGAUGAUUAGAUUCUGA